AUGUCAUAUCCGGCGAACCAGCCUUUAGCGCAAAGACUCGCGAGGGCUCGUUAUGAGCAAUCUGAUCCAGCUAAAAGCCGUAGUGGUGAUAAUCCAUCAGCUUCCUCUGGCAGCGUAAUGGAGCCCACACACGAUGCCGGCAGCGUCCUCAGCGCUGCUGGUACGACAUACUCAUACGAUAGCGGACGGGAUAUCGCUCGCUACUUUCGAGAAAUCAAUGGUCGGCGCUUCAAUAGUCAGGCGGCAACGUAUCUCCUUCCUGCAGAUGAGGAAGAGUUUUGGAGACUGGAUCGACAGCACGCUGCUUUCCUUGUUGGUAUGGGGGAUCUCUAUCCGUGUCCAGACCUCGUAGAACGGAUACUCGAGCCAGACCCCGGAAGACAGAAGCGACUUCUCGACCUGGGCUGUGGGACAGCCGUAUGGGCAUUGGCUAUGGCUCGUCGCUUCCCUGAAGCCUCCGUGAUCGCACUUGAUAUCGCCCCAACUCCCAUCCCCGUCGAAGGUGUCCCGCCGAACAUCCAAUUCGAGUUGGACGACGUCAACUUUGGUCUUGACCAGUUUCAUGGCCAGAUGGACAUCGUGCAUAUGCGUUGUCUGGGCGCUGGUCUUCCAAAGUAUGCAGAUGGGAUCACCUAUGCUGCGCGCUGUCUUCGUCCAGGCGGACUGCUUCUUGUCGUGGAUAUAGAUCUCGAAUUCUGUGCAGAGGAUAUUGUAUCUGGUCAAAAGCUGUGGACGCCCGAACAACCAGACGGCUCAUGGCUUCAAAGGUACUUUUACGAAUUCCGCUGGGCUAAUGCCCUGAAUGGGACGGAUAUCUUUGAAGCCGAAGAAAUGCUCGACAAAGGAAUCUUUGACCACGAGUUGUUGGAAGCAUGCGGAGCCGGAAGCGUCUUUCUUCCAAUAGGACCAUGGGCUAACGGCCUCGCCACGAAUGCAGACGAUGCCCAGAGACUGCAGUUUGGAGGCAUCCUAGCGCGCCAAAGUCUUCAACAUGCACUGCCAGCUUUCGAAACGUUGAUGCGGAAAACAGGCAUUACAGAUGAAUUUCUCAAAGAAAGCACAUCGAAAGCCAACGCCGGUGAGAGCAAAGACAAUCCUUCGAGACUAGUGCCAACGAAACCGGAUCUAGAGCUCGAUACACUCUCUGUACACAGCUGGUUGCGUUUACGUAUGUUAUGGGGGGCCAGAAAGUCUGAUGAUCCAGAGGCAGCACCCGCUCCUAGGACACAGUGGCAACCGCAUCCUCAGAUUCAUAUCUACCAUACUGCUGAGGAGAGUUAUGCCGCUAGGCAGAAACGACAAGAAACGAUGGGUGCGAAGCCAACGCCGCAGUGUUUGCUCAACGAUGAGGAUGAAGGUAAAUAA